CUGCUCGAUGCUGAAGAUGUGGAUGCCGCUCGUCCGGACGAGAAGUCCAUCAUCACGUACGUGUCGUUGUACUACCAUCACUUCGCGAAGCAAAAGACAGAGUUGACUGGAGCAAGAAGGGUUGCUAAUAUUGUUGGAAAAUUGAUCACCAGUGAUACAAUGGAAGAUGACUACGAACAUAUUGCGUCGGAUCUAUUGAAAUGGAUUUACGAAACAAUAAAACUCCUCGAAAAUAGGCGUUUCCCGAAUUCGUUGCAUGGAAUGCGGGAAGAGCUUGGGAACUUCAACCAAUUCCGAACGGUUGAGAAGCCUCCCAAAUAUAAGGAGAAAGGAGAACUAGAAGCUCUUUUCUUCACAAUCCAAACUAAGAGAAAGGCUAUGGGAAGGAAGCAGUACGCUCCACCUCAAGGCCUGUUUAUGUAUGACGUCGAAUCAGCUUGGGAAAAGCUGGAUCGAGCUGAGAACGAUCGUCAAGUUGCAAUAAUUGCCGAACUGCAAAGACAAGAACGACUGGAACAAUUAGCACAGCGUUUCCACAAAAAAGCAAAUCUACGAGAGAGCUGGCUAAGAAACGUGCAGGCAGUCCUUGAAGAAAUGGAUCACGGAAGAACUGCCGCUGAAGUGGAGAAGUCGCUCAAGAAGCAACAAGCUAUUGCGAACGACAUCCUAGCAAGAGAAGAUCGCUUCAAAUUACUCACAUCAAUGUGCGCUGAUUUAUGCAACGAGAGGUACCACGAGAGCGACAAAAUCCGUGCUCGUGAGCGAGACAUUAUAGAGAGGUAUGUAUCUUGA